AUGAAACUCGUGCUUUGGUGGAACAGGACAGGUCUCUCAUACCACGUUUUGAUUUCUAAGGUGCCCUGUGAAAAGGAGGCACAAAUGGAUUACCGACCUUCUGAUAGUAGUGGUACAGAUGAUGACCUACCUCCAUCACAUCAAAGUAGAUAUCAAAGAAGCGGCAGACCUGCGGGUAAUGGCAGGCCUUCAGUUCUCAAUUCUGCACCUUUAUCAAGGGUGCACAAUGACAUGGAAACUCAAAUUCAUCUCAUUGAGCAAGAAGCGUAUAGCUCCAUACUUCGUGCAUUUAAAGCCCAGUCUGAUGCUAUUACCUGGGAGAAAGAAAGUUUGAUCACUGAACUCAGAAAAGAACUCCGGGUGUCUGAUGAGGAACACAGGGAGCUGCUUUCAAGGGUUAAUGCUGAUGAAAUGAUCAGGCGAAUAAGGGAAUGGAGAAAGGCGAACAACCUUCAAUCCAGUGUUCCUCAGCUGGUUCAUGAUACGGCUCCGAGUCCAGCUGUUUCAGGAUCACGUAAGAAGCAAAAGACGUCACAAUCAAUCGCCUCGUUAGCAGCGAUGGGCCCUCCAUCUCCUGCUCUGCACCCAUCGAUGCAACCAUCUUCAUCUGCGCUAAGAAGGGGAGGUCCUCCACCAGGUCUAAAGGCCAAGAAGCCAAAGACAUCGAUGCAGUUCCCAGCUGCAGGCAUUGCUGGAAGGCCACAGGCGGGGGCAUUAACAAAUGAACCAGGUGAAUCAGGAUCAUAUGACCCGUUGAUUGGAAAGAAAGUAUGGACAAAGUGGCCUGAGGACAACCAUUUCUAUGAAGCUGUAAUAACUGACUACAACCCCGCUGAGGGGCGGCAUGCUUUAGUGUAUGACAUUAACACUGCGAAUGAAACUUGGGAAUGGGUAAAUCUUAAAGAGAUAUCUCCGGGAGAUAUCAGAUGGGAAGGUGAGGAUGCUGGGGUUUCUCGUAAAGGAGGACAUCCUGGGCAAGGCCGUGGAGUUACAAAGGCCAUGGCUCGUGGUGGUCCCGCAGGCAACGCAGGUGGUAGGGGUAGGGGAAGCAUGAAGACACAGCAACACAAGGCACAGAAUGGCAUCGGGAAGAAAGCUUUAGGCGAUAUCGAGAUACUCCACACUGAUACACUAAUAAAAGAGGUAGAAAAAGUUUUUGGAUCAGUUAACCCCAACCCGGCAGAGGUGGAGAAGGCAAAGAGAGUGUUGAGAGAGCAUGAGUUAGCUCUUAUGGAUGCAAUUGCAAAGCUUGAAGAAAUAUCAGACGGGGAAAGCGGAAAUAUUUAA